CCCCAUGAGCCUUUGCGUGAAUCAUGGGUGAAACUUCCAGUAGACGCCGGUACAACUGUUGAGCCACAGCGCAAUUCCUUUUGUUUUGGAUCUAUAACUAAUACUAUCCCAGUGGAGAUGCUUUUGCAUCCGGCUCAGAUGAUGCCACUUGCCGCCUGUAUGAUUUAAGGGCAGACAGAGAAGUUGCUAUUUACUCCAAGGAGAGCAUCAUAUUUGGAGUCUCCAGUGUCGAUUUCUCCCUCAGCGGCCGGCUACUAUUUGGAGGCUACAACGACUACACCAUUAAUGUCUGGGACGUUCUAAAAGGAACACGAGUCUCUAUUCUGUUUGGGCACGAGAACCGUGUCAGCACACUGCGAGUCUCUCCCGACGGGACGGCCUUCUGCACAGGAUCCUGGGACCACACUCUUCGGAUCUGGGCCUAAGCAUCUGAACACCAAGAACUAAAAAGCAGACAGACCUAAAGGGCCAGUAACUUUUCUGUUUGCUCAGGUUCAGCCACAAGCUGAGAUUUGGUUGUACAUUUAGCAUAUCAAUAGCACUGUAUAUACUCUGGUUUGGUGGCAAGGAUAGAUUUACAUAUUUGAAGGUGUAAUUAAACCAAAAUGGUACGCUUGCAUAGCACACGACUAAAAGAGAACUGCACAGAAGUAUGUAUGGUUUCAAUUUACAAUGUAGAAAGCAUUUUGCGAAAAAAUAUCGGUGGUAGUACCUUGCAUUGGCCUAGGGUAGAAGUGACACAAUAAAGUGGUGUAUUGUAUGUGUGCACAUAAAGGAAAAUGUUUGUUUAUUUAUUCAUUUUUAUGGGUGAUGAUAGAAAAUGGAGUCUGAAGAUUAAUUUUAAAAAGCUAUAAAAUAAUCUAUUUAACGAGACUGAAAGGAGAGGGGUGAGGGUGAUAGAGAAAAUAGCAAGAAUGGCUUAAAGAAAUACAUAUUAUUUAGUCUUGUCGGGAUGUUUACAUAUUUAAUAGGUUAGAAGUGAUUGGCUAGAAAACGUGCGUUGGCAUGAAAUUCUUUGGGGCAGAGUUACAAUUCUAAAGUUAGAGCAACAAUUUUGCCAUGUGGAGUCAAAAGGUGAUUAUAAACAUCAGAGCAUGUCCUUUACAAAGUAAUAAUAUUGAUAAAGCUAUACAUUGUUUUUUACCCCUGAGACGUGUGUGUCCAGGUAUGGAGGUAGCUUAGAAUUCACACGUUUUUGGUCCCUUUCUAAGAAUCUGUCACUGAUAAAAUUUGAAUGUGCUCCUUUUGACACAGUCGGAACAAACGCCAUGGCUGUUGUUUCAUAUUAACUGUAAUUACUUUAUUAUAGUUUAGUGUACAGACAUUCAAGGGACUGUUAAUCUGAAUACUACAAACAUAAUAAACUCUGUUUGAAAUAUCA